AUGGCGGUUAAUUAUUUUAGUAACAGUUUGGGAUCCCAGGAGAUUGGCUAUAGAGAAUUAUCCCCAGUCAUUGAUGAUAUUGUUCAGUUUCAGUGGUCUGAGAAGUGUUGUCAGGCAUUACAGUUACCUAUUAGUAGAGAGGAAGUUAGGAGAGUCUUAUUCUCUAUGGAUAGUGGAAAGGCCCCCGGUCCUGAUGGAUUCUCUGCAGGUUUCUUUAAAGGUGCCUGGUCUGUGGUUGGGGAAGAUUUUUGUGAUGCGGAACUGGUGGGUGGAUAUCAUCUUAACUCUGGUAAGCCUCGUUGUACUUUGAAAGUUGAUCUUCAAAAAGCAUAUGACUCUGUUAAUUGGGAUUUUCUGUUUGGUUUGCUGAUUGCUAUUGGUACUCCGUUGAAGUUUGUUAGUUGGAUUAGGGCCUGUGUUACAUCCCCUAUGUUCUCUAUUAUGAUUAAUGGCUCGCUGGAGGGGUUUUUUCAUGGCAGGAAGGGUGUAAGACAAGGUGAUCCUUUAUCUACCUUUCUCUUUGUUAUGGUGAUGGAAGUUCUUUCUCGUAUGUUGAAUAAGAUCCCUCAGAGUUUUCAUUUUCACCAUUGUUGUGAGAAGGUUAAGUUAACCCAUCUAACCUUCGCUGAUGACCUUAUGAUUUUUUGUGCUGCUAAUGAGCCCUCUAUCAGAUUUAUCCGAGAAUGUCUUGAGAAGUUUGGUGAGCUUUCAGGUUUGUUCGCAAAUCCUAGGAAAAGCUCUAUUUUUGUUGCAGGAGUUAAUAAUGAGAAUGCUUCUCAUCUGGCUACUUGUAUGGGUUUUGUCCGUGGUAAUCUCUCUGUUCGUUAUCUUGGCCUUCCUCUUUUGGCGGGUCGAUUACGUUCUAAUGAUUAUGCUUCUCUGAUUCAGCGUAUCACUAGCAGGAUUCGUUCUUGGACCGCUCGAGUUCUUUCGUUUGCAGGUAGACUGCAGCUUGUUCAUUCUGUGCUUCGUAGUUUUCAAGUGUACUGGGCUAGUGUGUUUGUUCUUCCUGCGUAUGUGCACAAUGAGGUGGACAAGAUUCUCAGAUCUUAUCUUUGGAGGGGUAAGGAGGAAGGUAGAGGAGGUAUUAAGGUGGCUUGGGUGGAUGUGUGUCUUCCCUUUGAGGAGGGCGGUCUUGGUAUUCGAGAUGGCCCUUCUUGGAAUAUUGCGAGUACUUUGAAGAUCUUGUGGCUUAUGUUAACAAAUUCGGGGUCUCUUUGGGUGGCUUGGGUGGAAGCUUAUAUACUGAAAGGGAGGUCAUUGUGGGAUGUGGAUAGUAGAGUGGGUAAAUCUUGGUGUCUUCGGGCGAUCUUACGUAAGCGAGAGAAGCUGAAGCAUCUUGUAAGGAUGAAGGUGGGAAAUGGUAAUAGUUUUAGAGUUUGGCUUGAUCCGUGGUUGCCGGAGGGUGCCAUUUUGGAGCAGGUUGGGGAGAGAGUGAUGUAUGAUGCAGCUAGUCGGAGGAAGGCUAGACUCUCUGACUUUAUUGACCCAGAUGGAGAAUGGCUUUGGCCUCGAGUUUCUUUGGAAUUAAUUGACCUAUGGGAGAGGGUUCAGGAGGUCAGUCCGUGUCUUAGUGUUAGUGAUAGUUGGGUAUGGGUUCCUGGUCGUCGGGGUGGUUUCUCUAUUGCAAGUGCAUGGGAAGCUGUUCGUCCUAGGGGUGGUCGGGUUCUAUGGGAUGGUUUAUUGUGGGGUGGGGGAAAUAUCCAAAAACAUUUCUUCUGUGCGUGGUUGGCUAUUAAAGAUAGGUUGGGUACUAUAGAUAGAUUGCAUAGGUGGGAUAGUUCAGUUCCGAUGUUGUGCAUUCUAUGUCGGGGGGUGUGGAGUCUCGCGAUCACUUAUUCUUUUCGUGUUCGUUUGGGGGGGGGGAUGUUUGGUCUAGGGUUCUUCGGAUCAUGGGUUCCUCUCAUAGGAUUGGGCAUUGGAGGGUUGAGUUGUCUUGGAUUUGUCAUUAAGGUAUUGGGAAGGGUGUGA